CGCGCUCCGAGCGGGUCGCGCAGGAUCGUCCGGAGGCUCUUGGGUUCGUUGGAGGCUCGAGUGGCCCCCGCCUUGGGGUUCAAAACCAAAUUAAUUUUUCCCGAGGAAUAGCUGGAGGGCAGUGGAAGCCGCUGAGCAGUCAUUUACUUCUCUGGACGCCGUUAAACAUGCUGAGGAAAAGCUGUGUUGUUGUGGAGCAAGAAAUCCGAGACAGCUAAUCGCAAGGAGCAGCCUGCGUUGUUUUCUGCUUUCCUUUACUGGCUAUCAUGGUUUACAAGGUAGAAACGUGAGAAGCCGACCCUGCUUUCUGGGACACAGCAAUGUGGUGAAGAUGUCUUCGAGUGUCAGAGAUGGGGCGUUAUCCUCGGAAGUGCCUUUUUUGCCUGUGGGCUUCAUUCAGGCAGUAGAGGCAAGGGCUUGGUAGCCUUUGGUUAUUGGGCGGCAGCAAGGGAGGAAGGAAGGAGCUUUGCCAUGGGGAGCGACAGAAGCUGGGUAUCGAGGAACGAGAGCGGCCAUGCCCCGUACCAGGCUGUCGGCAGGGCUGUGCUGCUGAGGAACGCCUCGGCGGGGCCGGCGGUGUGGCAGGCGGGGAACGGCAGCGGGGCCGCGGGCAGCCCGGAGCAGAGCCCCGAGCAGACCUACCGGCAUUUCACCACCACGGUGCAAAUCGUCAUCGUCGUGGGCUCUUUGCUGGGUAACAUCAUGGUGCUGUGGUCAACUUGUAGAACAUCGGUACUUAAAUCUGUAACAAAUCGGUUCAUUAAGAAUUUGGCCUGCUCGGGGAUCUGUGCCAGCCUAGUCUGUGUGCCUUUUGACAUUGCUCUUAGUGCCAGUCCACACUGCUGCUGGUGGGUCUAUACAAUGCUCUUCUGCAGAAUUGCUAAGUUUCUGCACAAAGUUUUCUGCUCAGUGACUAUCCUUAGUUUUCCAGCCAUAGCACUUGACAGGUACUACUCUGUUUUAUACCCUCUGGAAAGAAAAAUAUCUGAUGCAAAGUCCCGAGACCUGGUUAUCUAUAUCUGGGCCCAUGCAAUAGUGGCCAGCAUUCCAGUAUUUGCUGUGACUAAUGUGUCAGAUAUUUAUGCCAUGUCUACCUGCUCUGAAUCUUGGAGUUACUCCCUUGGCCACCUGAUAUAUGUCAUCAUCUAUAACGUCACCACUGUGAUUGUACCAGUGGCUGUGGUAUUUCUCUUUAUGAUUCUUAUUCGCAGGGCACUGAGUGCCAGCCAAAAGAAAAAAGUCAUCAUAGCUGCCUUAAGGACCCCUCAGAAUACAAUUUCGAUCCCUUAUGCCUCCCAGCGAGAAGCUGAGCUUCAUGCCAUGCUGCUUUCCAUGGUCAUGGUAUUUAUUUUCUGCAGUGUCCCCUACGUGACUCUGGUGAUUUACCGCACCAUACUCAAUAUAUCAGAUAUUUCAGUCUUCUUGUUCCUCACUGCCAUUUGGUUGCCCAAGGUCUCUUUGCUGGCCAAUCCUUUGUUAUUUUUAACUGUUAACAAAUCUGUACGGAAGUGCUUAGUGGGGACAAUAGUACAGCUGCACCAGAGGUAUAGCAGGAGAAACAUGGUCAGCUCGAGUGGUGUUGCAGAUGCUAAUCUGGAGCCCAGUGUCCGUUCAGGGAGCCAGCUUCUGGAGAUGUUUCAUAUUGGGCAACAACAAAUCUUCAAGCCAACAGAAGAUGAGGAGAAUGAGACUAAAUCCAUUGGCUCUGGUGACUUUCAGCAGAAAGAAAUUCCUACCACCAGUUUAGAGGUUGGAGAGACUUUGGCUCACAAAUUUGUACCACAGACAAUUGCAGAUUCUGCAGCUCAGAUGGCAUCAGCUGUGCCCACAGAAGCUGAUACAGUAAAUGAUAAGUAUUCCAUGCAGUUUGGUUUCGGACCCUUUGAGCUGCCUCCACAGUGGCUCUCAGAAAGCCGAAGCAGCAAGAAGCGGCUCCUGCCUCCUUUGGGGAAUACCCCUGAGGAGUUAAUCCAAACAAAACAGCCUAAGUGUAAAGCAGAAAGAAAAAUCAGCAGAAACAAUAAAGUCAGUAUCUUUCCCAAGGUGGAUUCUUAGUCAUAGCAGGAGCUUUAAUUGACAAAGGAAGGUCACCUUCUAUUAAAUGUGUGAUCCCAUGGAUCUUUGUUAUGCUGAAAUACGUUACAGACUGAUUUUUCCGUGCCAAAUAUAAUUUAAACAAACAAAAGGGAAAUGUAUAUAGAAGUGUUUCUUACUAAUAUGUUUUCAUGAAAAUAAUAUAUAAAAAUAUGGUGAUUCUUAGCUUUAUCUGUGCAAUCCCUACAACGACACCUGCCUGAUUCACUUUCAAAAAGUCCAUGUGGCUUUGGGAACACUUUGUGCGGCUGAAGUAUGCCAAUACAGCAGUCAGUUUGCUGGGAAACCCCAUGUUGUAUUGAAAUGGACUGGGUGUCAAAGUAACGUAAUAGGAAAGGCUGUAGGGAGAAGAUGAGACCUAACCUCAUGUAAAUGGACACAGUAAGAUUCUGCACAUUUUGUUAAUUAAGUAGGAUGGGCUAUUAAAUACAUUCAUUUUCUGUUAAGCCCAUUUCUUGAAUUAGUGUUAAAAUUAAACCUUGCUGGAGUUUUUGCACAAAUUGGUUACCAAGCAUCUGCCAAACAUCUAAACUUUUUUAAAACCUGAACUGCUAUUUUUUGGCUUGAAAACUUCAGCAAAGCCAAGGAUACCCAAACUGUUAUGUGUGUCAAACCUGAGAAUGACUUUUUUUUUUUUUUUAAUAAAAUAAAUUAUUUUAGUUUUAAGUAAAAAUGGGAUUGAAGACCUUGCAGGGCAAAUCCUUACUCCAGUAAACAAGUAUGUAUGUGCCAAGGUCAUAAAUAGGUCACUUUGAUCCCAUGAUAAAGAACAUAUACAAAGGUCCCAACAGUGUAAUAUAUGUAUUUUGCAGGUAAGCAAGGGGUCAACCUUAAAAUAGACUCCUCUGCUGGUGCUGUUUUUUAUGGGGAAGCUAGCAAAUGAAAGAAAAGAGUCAGAAAUGCUAGUUGCCUUGUAGUGAACUGCAGAGGAAGCUUAUAACAGAUCCCAAAAGGCAAGGUUUGUUAAUGCUGUUGUUCUGCUAUUGUCAGAGGUAUGGAGGUUUUCCUUCUACCUUCACAGAUAGAGAUGCCAACCAUCCUACUUGGCUUGUCUCACAGAGUGAACUAUCCCGGGUAUGAACAUGAGUUAAUACAGGAAUCUAGUUCAUACAGGAAUCUCAUGUUCAUACAGGAAUCUGGUGCCCAAUUCCUGAGUGGAUCAGAGUCAUGCCAUCCCUGGUAUCAGCACACCAGCCUUUCUGUAAGAGUUCAGGCAUUGUACUGCAGGUUGCACCCAUGCAUCAUCACAGGCAUCUUGUCUUGUUUAUACCGAGUGUAAAUUUUAAACUAUAUCAGUCUGUUAGAUGACCUGAAAUUAUUGUAACCUUGGCAUUUUAAUCCUUGUUCAGGUGCAAGUAGUCUUUCCUCCUUCUGUAUCUGCAUUCACUGUUGUCUCUGUGGGUAGUUUCUUAAAAGCACAGUCUUGUAACAUCUGUGUACUCUGUGUGGUUCUCCUGUACUUUAGCCCUUCAGUGCAUGCUGAACCUGUAUCUGUAGUUACUGCCUGUUUAUGAAAGCAUAGUUUGACAAGGACACGGUGAAGAAUCUUGCCAAGUUAACAGUAACUUACUAAAUCCAACCAGUUAGUGUUAAAAGUGAGAAAAAAUUCUGCUGAAGCAGAAUUUGGAGGUGUUCUUCCUUUGCCAUGUUUGAAGAAAGUCAGCAGCUUCUGAUGGCUCCAAGGUGGUUGAUUUCUACAAGGCAUUACAAGCAAACGUUUUAAUAAAAAUGUAUUUUAAAAAAAGUUUAUAAAUUACUGUGUAAAUUAUGUUUUUCUCUAUUUCCUCUUUGGUUUCAGUUCACUUCUUGAUAGUUCAAGAAUUUCUCAGCUUGGGAGUGAGGAGCAGUAUUUGAGGGGUCCAGAUGGGUGGUGCAAAACCCACCUGCCCUGCUUCUUAGAUAAAGACAUGAGAAGGCAGACAUAGCUUGCCUGAAACCAGACAGAAGAAAUAUUCUGGGAAAAAGUGUUCCUUCCCUGGCAGAGGUAGAGAAAUACCACAGCAGACAUUUUUUUCAUGUGCUGAUAAGUAAUUUAAUGACAUGUUUGUUUUUCCAAAGUUAGUGAAAGAACAGAUGUUAGUAAAAAAAUCUGGAACACCUUAAAAGCAAAGUAAGAGUUACAGUUUCCUUAUGAAUUGUGGUUAAAUUUAAUAUUUAUGGCUACUUACAUACAUAUACUGGUUAAAGUCUCUGUGAUUAAUGAGUGCACAUAAAUGGUUACUCAGAUCUGAACUCCUUUGAGGAAAGCAAAUUUAGUCUUAGCUUUGUCCCUUUCAAAUGUCAUGUUGAAUGAAAUGCCAAUGAUAAAUUCAAAGAGACAAAUUGCAUACAUUUAGUUUUAUCAUAUCUGGAAACCAAGAAGUUUGUGAGGGUUUGUUGACUGUUGAGACAAAUGUAUCUUUUUCUUUCAAAGUGGACAUGUAAAAACUUGCUUGUAUAUUUUUAGCAGAUUGUAUCUGAAGACAUUGAAACUUUUUAGCAAUAAAUUAACUGAGGUGGUUUUCCAUACUUGAAGAAUUAUUUGGGAAUGUUGUAUUUCAGUCCCUCUUUCAAGUUUAUCCAAGCAAAUGCUUAAGCAAAAGCAUAUCUUUGCAUAUAAGAAAAAAUCUAUGUAAAAUUCAUGAUCCAGCUUCUGUGCUAGAAUUGUCAUCAGAAAACACUAAUUCAGGAGACUCUUAUGCAAGUUGGAAUAUUUGACUUGUAGAGUAUGAUUUUUAACUUAGAUGCAUCUAAGACAGUGGUAACUUUGAGUAAUUUCUGCUGUCUGAUGGCUUGUUCAAAUGAUUUCUGCUGGGCAAAAUGUUCUCCAGCAUCCAAUAUGAAAAAAAAGAAAAAUCAAGACUUGUUUUCUUAUGUACCUUCACAGUAAAGAUAAGCAAAAUUUGUGGGUUUUUUGGUUUUUUUUUUUUGUUAUUAUAGUUGGUUUUAACCACCACAGGUGUUCACUAGAUAAUUUUUUCUCUCCGGAUUAUUGAUGAAAGAAAGUGAAGUACAAAAAGUGAAGUACUAAGCAAAGCUGUGGGAAUUGAGGAAGUGAAAGCCUGAGGUUAUUUGGCCUGUGCAAAUAGAUUUAAAGGCUAAAACUUACUACUGGGGAAUAAACCCGGAGGAAGAAAAGUUUAAAAUCACUGUUUUCAAAUUUGCUCUCUUUUUGCUGGGAAAAUGUUCCUGUAUCAGUGUACUAUAUCUUGAAGAAUGGAAAGUCAGGCUGUGUUUUCUGAUUAGUAGGACUGGGACUUGGCAGCUCGUUUCAGCUAAACAGGAGCUGUCUCAUAAGCUGCUGUGAAGGUAACCAGCUCUGCAGGUGAUUACAUGUCCAGCAAAACUCAGGUAGUUCCUAUCAUUCAUGUCACCUAACCUUGCACUGCAUAAUUAGAUAAAGAAUGUAAACAUAAAAAAAGCAAAAUCCCCUGCCUUCUAGUCUUGUUUGAUGUAGGUUACUGUGUAAUUGUGCUUUAACCUAUGUAGAAGUCAGUAGGAGAUAAUCAGUAGUUUGUUUGGUUAGUUGUUCGUUUGUUGUUUUUUCUUUUGGCUGUGAAGGACUUACCCUCCCCAAAAGAUAGGAAGUCAUUGCUGUCGAACUGAAAACAUUACCUCUUAAAAAGACUGCUUUUUAUUUGUGACUUUCUCUGUGCCAAAGUAAAGAUAUUAGCAGGAUUUCUAAACAAUUGAUGUCUUAACUAUCAAACUGGGGCCACAAGGUCAAUCACUGCAAUCUUCAGUAAUCUGUAAUUCAAGGACAUUUUAUGAAAACAAAACACAACACAACAAAACACAUCUUGUAGAAAAUUGCAGAACUCCAGAUGCAGAUCCUUGCACUCCUAAGCAAGUUGAUUGCUCCCCUCCUCUGGAGGACACAGAGGGGUCACAGCAGGAACCUAUCUAAAGUCAUCUUUGUUCCAGACCUGGUUUUAAGCUUCUAAACCAGCCAGAGGUGGUCAAGAGUGCGCAGAGGCUGAUUUUUCUGAUUGCUUCGCUCAGGGACAACAAUACAAGACCGGGAUGCAGAAGCUUUCUUCAUCUCAGUGAAAGCCCUUUGCAUGUGCACAGGAGCAGUUUCUUCUCUGUGUGGAGGAAGUGGACUGUUUUUUAAAGAAAGCCUAAGAAAUACCAGGUUAGAUCCAAUUCCUAAAUACACAUUUGUUAAUGCAAAUCAGGAUUUCUCUACAUAGUUUUCUUUUGCAUCCUCAGGUUUCCUGUGGCUAAACAUAAGGCACUGAGAUGCUGAUUUACUCCAAAAACCCCUUUGUGCAUAGUACUUACCUGAGCAGUGGUCUAUCUUCUUUACCUCCCUUUUCUGUAAAACUAAACCCUCUGCUCUUUGCCUGGAUCAUAUCCUAAGCCAUGAAGAAGAUCCUUAGACACUUAGAGGAUCUCAUUCUUUUGUUCCCCUUGCACCUAUCCAGUAGCAAUCUCCCAACACACUGCACGCCACAGCACUAAGACAUUCCAGCACAACACAAUCUGGUUUAAGCUCUGGCUUCCUCAGCUCUGCUGUUUGCCAGCAGAAGGUGUGGCAGCAUGGAAGACAGUCUUGUCAAGGCAGGACUUUUCCCAGUGCAAGUCAAAGAAUGAAAACCUGGCUUUAUUAAAUGCAAUGGAAGUUUUACCAUUGACUCUAGACUUCAUGUUUUAGUUCACCUUUUCCUCCUCAGCUUCUAGGUUACUACUGUGCUGUAUCACUAUUGCUGUUGGAGCAUACUGCAGAACUCAACUCAUCCUCACCAAGGGUUUCUGGAAAAGCUGGAAUAUGGCCCAAAAUUCCUGGCACACACCAAACAACAGAUAUUAAUACCUUAUAUAUUUGUCCUCUGUGAGAAAAGGGUCUGUUUGUUCCCCUAAUAUUUAGGGGAAAAAAUGUCAGGAAAAUUAAAUGUGCUCGUCUUGAUCAGUGUACUGGAACUGUUACAGUCUACCUUUAAACUUCUGCAUGUUGUGAAGAAAAGCUACGUCAAGUGAGUACACAAACUAAUACUGAUAACUAAUAGGCAUUAGUCAAAUCCUUGUAAUUUGCCUUCCAACCUAUAUGAGACCAUGAAAGUUUUUUCGCUACCUAUUUGUGUAUUAAAACGCUGUUCAGAAGAGGAGUAUAAAUAAAAGCAGUAGUAAUGGGAACAAGUUCCCUGUG